UGCUCAAGGCUUCCUUGAUGUCCUCGACCCCAUUGUCGGAUGUCAUAUUCAAUAAAACAGGACAGAUGAAAUCUACAACAUUAAAACUUCAACAUAUGACUUUAUCGGAUCAAAUUGAAAAUGCAUCAACAUUCUCCAAGGAGAUGACUUUGAGAUUGGUUGUACAAAAUCUACUAAUAAGGUCUUGUAUGCUCAAGCUGAGGAAGAUUUCGUAGAGCUUCUGUUCAGCUUCCUCAUAAUCCCACUAGGAGGCGUGCAGCGCCUUCUAGCGAGUAACUCUCUUAAUAAGUGUAUGGACUUAUUAUACAUGAGUGUGGCUGAUCAUAUACACAGCAAAUAUUUGAAGACUGGUGCAAGAAACUUGCUAAUCAAGCCCAAGAUACCUCACGGCUAUGUUUCCGAAAACCACAUUCUUCCUCUCCCUGAAGAAGGCUUGCCUGGUUUCUACCAAGAUAUGUUGAAUCUUUUUUCUUCUGUGAAGUUUCCAAAUGGCCGGGGGAAAUACCUCAAGGCACCGAGAACUUUCAUGGUGACCGAUGAUUUAACUGUUACACCUCUUUGCAUUACUUCGGCGCUUUCCUUUCUCAACGAGAUGAAAAUCCCUAUGUCUGAUGUCAAAGAAGUUGAACUGCAAAUUGGGUUGAAAGAGGCUUUAGGCAUAUUGAGAGCAUCCCUUACAUCUGAUUCUACUUUAUCCAAUGGUUUGAAUCUGAGCAAUCAAAUAUCUCAAAAACAAAAGAACCAAUUGUUUGAAUCCCAAGUUGGCUUAUGAUAUUACUAGUCAUAUUUUGUUUCGUGGCCAUUUUCUUAAGCAGAUUGUGUAGAUCUGCUUCUUAAUUUUCUGUCAUUUUGUAUCUGAUUUUUUGGCCUUGCUUAAUCAUAUGUUUUAUAUAUUUAUUGAUUAUAAAAUCAUCUAGUCUUCAUUGCUA